GGCACGAGGUUGGCGAUACCGAAAUUGAAAUUCCUAUUUUCGGCGCACCGAAUUUACAAAUCCGUUGAUUCCUAAUAUCGGUGCAACAUACGCAGUGGGUCAGUGCACCGUUGUAUGUGACUGAUUUUCUGCACAUAAUUGGGGGCAAAGUUCUCCAUAAUGGCGUCUGAUAUCCGACAGUUCAGUGUGUGAAUGAAGACUAGUCAUUCAGGGAUGUUCAGACACAGUCAUAGUUCCUAAAGAUUUUCCUUACUUUCAUAGUCUGUUUCGACCAGUGAAAAUUAGCAUCUCUCAUGAAUUUCUCAGCGAGUAACGACUACUGCGGGGAUGGCAGAUUCGCCCAACAUUCCGUCAUCAUGCAACACAUUGACAAACUGGAGUUGAGACCAGGAGAGGCGGUACUGGACGUGGGAUGCGGUACUGGGGAAGAAACCAAGUCAAUGGCAGGGAAAGUCAAGAGUGUAACAGGUAUUGACGCUUCAGAGGAAAUGGUAACAGUGGCCGUUAAGACCAACUCGGCAUCAAACGUAGCAUACAGUCAAUGGGACGCCCGAGCCGUGGGGGACAACCCGGACUGGCGAGAGAGAUUCGACAAAGCUGUCUGUUUCUUCGUUCUCCACUGGAUUCCUGAGGAAACCCAAGCGCUCCGUAGCAUCUCGGCGUGUCUGAAGCCGGGCGGGCAGGCACUGAUCAUCAUCAGUUUUGGGAACCACGACGACUCCUUCUUUUUACCCCGUGCGACUUCCUUCUUGAAAAGCCACGAGAAGUGGGGUGCUUUUGUCCAGGACUACAAGUCAUCACUGCACCUUUGGGACCUAUCGGUCCAAGAAACGCAGAAAGUCUUCAAAGCGUGUGGCUGGGCCGAGGCUAAGUGUGAAGUACGGAGGCACGAACUGGUCCUGUCCGAAAUUCAGUUAAAAUCGAGUAACGACUACUGCGGGGAUGGCAGAUUCGUCCAACAUUCCGUCAUCAUGCAACACAUUGACAAACUGGAGUUGAGACCAGGAGACACGGUACUGGACGUGGGAUGCGGUACUGGGGAAGAAACCAAGUCAAUGGCAGGGAAAGUCAAGAGUGUAACAGGUAUUGACGCUUCAGAGGAAAUGGUAACAGUGGCCGUUAAGACCAACUCGGCACCAAACGUAGCAUACAGUCAAUGGGACGCCCGAGCCGUGGGGGACAACCCGGACUGGCGAGAGAGAUUCGACAAAGCUGUCUGUUUCUUCGUUCUCCACUGGAUUCCUGAGGAAACCCAAGCGCUCCGUAGCAUCUCGGCGUGUCUGAAGCCGGGCGGGCAGGCACUGAUCAUCAUCAGUUUUGGGAACCACGACUCCUUCUUUUUACCCCGUGCGACUUCCUUCUUGAAAAGCCACGAGAAGUGGGGUGCUUUUGUCCAGGACUACAAGUCAUCACUGCACCUUUGGGACCUAUCGGUCCAAGAAACGCAGAAAGUCUUAAAAGCGUGUGGCUGGGCCGAGGCUAAGUGUGAAGUACGGAGGCACGAACUGGUCCUGUCCGAAAUUCAGUUAAAAUUGUUUUUGAAGACAUGUCUUGGAGAAAUACCAUUGAUACCAGCGGAGGAUUAUUUGCAAGAUUUGUGACAGUGGGCGUUGGAUCGCUAUGGGGAUAAGUCUCAGCCCGGACAUGUCCUCAUCACUUUUGAAGUUAUGGUCGUACACGCUUGGAAAUAAGACUUGAAACCCUGUGGCGGUUUUCGCUUUCAAGUCUUUUUUUUUUUUGGCGUUAUUUUGAUAUUGUUUUUUUUUGGUUCAGUAGAGUCUUUCCUACAUGAAAACAAUUAUGCUUAUUGAAUUGUUUAAUGGUUUCAAAAAAAAGCAAGUCUAGUAGUACGUACAUCAUGGCGGCGUGGUGAAUUGGCCGACUCUGUUCGUUGCUCUAGGUACUAGUGAUCAUUCAGUCUCAGAAUAGUUUUGCUUGACCAAACUACCUACAUUUUCUUAACUCCAAAAACUUAAUUUUUGGGGCCUUCUAUUAAUAAAUAGUAAAGAAAAUAAUCCUUGUUUUACCGGCCGUGCCAUAAUAUGUUCGUGAACGAGACAGUACCGUACCGGUGGCACAUGAAAAUCCGACUCCUAUGAAAAUC